CAAAAUCUCACUCUUUUUCACAAUAUUGUUGGUUCUCCUCCACGUAAAUAAUGCACGGUGUUGAGCAUAUAACACCUGCUUUAUCUAAUCUAAAACUUUUAACCUAUCAAAAUUCCUUUUCUUCCCUCCAAAUAAGAUCAAAUCUCAUUUAAUAAAGAAUCGAAUGAAGCAAAACCACAUUUUCAGAAAAUAGGGUGGUUACAAAUGCUGAGACUCCAUGUAUACUGUACUCCAAUUGUUGGAUGCAAAGAAAUUAAACUGGGAAUUAGGCAUGGGUCAUGGCUUAUUCAGAGUCAUAAAGAGUGGAGAAUCUUACGAAAUGUUUCCGUCAAAGCUCUAAAAGAGGAACCAAAUGAAGGUCAGAGAGGGUUACCGAGUCAGAGCUGGGACCCGGGUCUGGAGAUCGAGGUUCCUUUUGAGCAGCGACCGGUCAAUGAAUACUCAUCUUUGAAGGAAGCGACCUUGUAUUCAUGGGCUGAGCUGAGUCCACCUUCCUUUUUCGUGCGGCUUGGGGGUAUGUGGUUAACAACUUUUAUAGUUCUGGGAAUCCCAAUUGCGGCUGCUAGCUUCAACCCUUCAAAGGAACCUCUAAAACUUCUAUUAGCUGCGGGGACAGGAACCCUAUUUCUGGUGUCACUGAUCGUCCUGAGGAUCUAUCUGGGAUGGAGCUAUGUAGGUGAUAGGCUUUUAUCAGCAGUAGUACCCUAUGAAGAGAGUGGAUGGUAUGACGGACAAAUGUGGGUAAAGCCACCAGAGGUUCUUGCUCGUGACAGACUGCUAGGAUCCUACAAGGUGAAACCAGUGAUCAAAAUGUUGAAGCAAACACUGGUCGGAACUGGGGCACUGCUUGUAUCUGGAGUCCUGCUCUUCAUCUUUGCUACACCUGUAGAAAAUUUCAUUCAGUCCACUUUCAUCAGAAAAAACAUCUCUCCGGAUGUUCCAACCACAAAUGUCGAUACAAAGUUCAAUAUGAGAAAGGAGUUGCUGACAUUGCCAUUGGAAGUAAAGGAAGAUGAUGACCUAGCUGCAGCUGCUGCAGAGGCAGCUGAUGGGAGGCCAGUUUACUGCAGAGAUAGGUAUUACCGAGCAUUAGCAGGUGGGCAAUAUUGUAAAUGGGAGGAUCUACUAAGAUAGAAUGUAGACUACACAUUUUUUUUUUUGGAUAAUUAAUAGUCAAUUUCUGUAUCGGAUUGGAACACUAAAUCAAGCAUCGCAAAUUAUACGGGUGUAAGAAAUGAAGAAUCUUUAUCAAAGCACACCAUGGUGUGCAGGAUUUGUGUA